AAAAGCAAGCUACCACCUAUCCACCAAACAGUGUUUUGUGGACUCUAUUGAAGGGCCUACACUGAGUUAUUUGUUCUAUUUCCCGUGUAAAAUUGGGGCGGCCGUGUUUUUGGAUUAUUCCCCCACCUGCGCUCUUAACCUGCCGUCUGGGAUCUUGGCGUUCCCAAAUCCACUCCUGUGCUGAUUGAGCACUUCCACCACUGGGAUCUUACCUCGUUCUUGCUGUCAUCAUCAUAAUCUCGCCCUCCCGGUUUCCUUCUGUGAGAUUAACAUGGCCGCGAAGCAGGACAGACUGUGACUUUUCCUCGUACCGUUCCCCCGUUUUGUCGCUUGAUCUAUUUAAUCAAGUUUUCCCGUGAUUCGAGGUUGGUAUACUAUACGGAGCCAAAAUGCUGAACCAGAGUGCUGUGAUGAUCUUCACUGGGAUCUGUGGGGCAUUGGUGGUAAUGGCCAUUGCCUACUACGUCUACUGGUCUGUACUACUGUCCGAAGGCCCCUGCAAGCGAGGAUUAUAAAACGACCCCACCGUGGUCGGCCGGCAGAGUGUGUAGAGAGGAGCCUAGCUGGGCUCCCUGGGCUCCACCACCAUGGGUCUGCUAACCUACCUGAAGAGCCUCUUCAUCCUGCAGCUGCUGAUGGGCUUCGUGUUCGUCGUGAGCGGCCUCAUCAUCAACUUCAUCCAGCUCUGCACCUGUGUCCUCUGGCCCUUCAACAAGCAGCUGUACCGCCGGAUCAACUGCCGGCUCUCCUAUUCUCUCUGGAGCCAGCUGGUGAUGCUUCUGGAGUGGUGGUCAGGCACGGAUUGCACGCUCUACACAGACCAGGCCACGGUGGACUCAUUCGGCAAAGAGCACGCCAUCAUCAUCCUCAACCACAACUAUGAGAUCGACUUCCUCUGUGGCUGGACCAUGUGUGAGAGAUAUGGCAUCCUAGGGAGUUCAAAGGUGUUAGCCAAACACGAGCUACUGAAGGUGCCUCUGAUUGGCUGGACCUGGUACUUCCUGGAGAUCGUCUUCUGCAAAAGGAGGUGGGAGGAGGACCGGGACACGGUCUUCAAGGGCCUGGACGCGUUGAAGGACUACCCAGAGUUUAUGUGGUUCCUGCUGUACUGCGAGGGCACCCGCUUCACAGAGAAGAAACAUGAGAUCAGCAUGCAGGUGGCAGAGAGCAAAGGACUGCCCCGACUCAAGUACCACCUCCUCCCCCGAACCAAAGGCUUCACUACCACCCUGCAGUGUCUCAAGGGCACAGUUUCUGCCGUCUACGAUGUGACACUCAACUUCAAAGACCAGCAGACACCAACUCUGCUGGGCAUCGUGCAGGGCAAGAAGUACAAAGCUGACUUGAAGAUCAAGCGAUUCCCUGUGGAAGAGAUCCCAGAGGAUGAGAAAGAGUGUGCCAGCUGGCUGCAUAAGCUCUAUCAGGAAAAGGACGCCCUCCAAGAGCACUACCACAAGGAGGGCAGCUUCCCCGGGCCCACCAUCAUCCCUCCCCGACGCCUGUGGACGCUACUCAACUUCCUGUUCUGGGCCACCCUGCUGCUCUCGCCCCUCAUCAACUUCGCCUACGGCGUGGCAGUCAGCGGCUCGCCCCUCCUCAUCAUCGGCUUCCUCCUCUUCCUCAUCGGAGCCUCCAUCGCUAUCCGUCGUCUCAUCGGUGUCACCGAGGUGAACAAGACGGGCUCCAGUUACGGCAACCCGGAGGCCAAGAAGCAAAACUAAAGCUCUUCAUCCCCCUGGCCUCCCCUCCUUCCACCCCCUCUGGCCCCGCCCCCUCUGGCCCCGCCCCCUCUGGCCCCGCCCUUCCCCCCCUCUCUGCGUGACCCAGCACACCGGAGUCCACUGGUCUGUAAGCGCCCCCUCUCCUCCCACCACCUCUGUUCUCCCAUCGGGAUGGGGCACUAAGGCUCAAACUAAUGAAUCAAAUAAACAUCAAAGUUUUAAAUAAUAAAUAAUGUUAAAUGACUUACAUGAGACACGAUAGAGGGAGAGAGAGAGAUGGGGAGGGGGAGAGAAAGAGAAUUUAGACUGUUGACCUAGCUUCUCUGGAGUAGACGACGCAGGGAUUAAUAAUAAUCCCUUUAAGGACACACUCAAGAACGGGGGUGGGGGAGUGCUUGUACGCCCCCCCCCCCUCCCCCGAACGCCCCACCCACCCGAGUCGUGGACGGCCAAUCCGUUUGCGCCGUUUCACCAGGCGCUCCACCUCCACCACAACGCCACGUCUGACGCCCCUCGCCCAACCUCGCCAGGAAGCAGGAAAGAACAACUUAUCUUGGUGUCCCCAGGACAUUCACCCUUCUGUUGUUGUUCUGUUCCUCAUCCCAGCACACGGUUGAAGUUUUCCUGGUAUUGUUUCGCUAACUGCGAUGAGUAAAGGGCCUCAGUCCCCCUGAGGGCUCGGCCCGGUUCCCCUUGUUGUGGUUGCGUCAUGUGUGGGUAUUUAAUCAACCGUUAGGAACUCGGAACAGGCUCUGAGGUCUCUGGGGACCAGAGAAGGAAGCAGAGUUUUCGAUAAUGACGAUAAUGAAUAAAGUAUCCCGACAAGUAGUCAGAGGGCUUUCAUUGGCAGUCACUGAGAACCAUUUCUCAUUUCCAUUUGGCUAUUCCCUCUCGACCUUGAAAAGCAAUUGCAUAAAGUGAUUGCUCUUCAUCCACCUGAUUUCAGCCCCAACCACGUCGAAAUCUUAGUAAGAUCUUUCAGCACUUGAUUUAUGUUGUCGGCAGUGUACUGGCAAGUGAUACAAUCUAAUUGUAACAUGUCAUAUGUAAGAUAAAAAAUCUUUAUUGACAUAAAAUGUAAAUGUAUCUUUGGUAUUCUGGCAACACAUUAAUAUCUGUAAAAUAAGCAGUUCACGGUAUAAAAUAGCUACAACAGACCGCAAACAGCAUGGAAUUGACAGUGAAGAGCAACACAGCAGCAAACUACAUAAAAUACAUUUUCAGCAGCAGCAGUUUUCAUGGGAGGGGGAUGUUAGUUGAUUAUUUCCCUGUUUAGAAUGGUCACAGCAGAGCACACUAGUUAUUUCUUGUACACAUUUUCGCUUGCUAGUGGGACAGGGAGUGAAUAGUGAAGGGGUAGGGUAAUUUAGAAACCUGGGGGCACUAUUUUGGUUAUGGACCGAUUGUAUAGGUUCUGGAGUUGCAAUUUUUUUGGCAUCUGGUGAUCUGGCUGGCCUGGGUGACAACCUCAGCUCCUUCAUGUGUCUAACUGAGCAGUUCCCAUACAAGGAGACCAUGUUAAAGGUGAGACCACCGGCCUGUGUCCUGUUGACCCUAGGCUGCUGGCAUUGAAGACCCCAGGUUCCUGCAAUAUAUCUGCAAGAAUAAUAUUCAAACCUUGCCUUAAUUCAAGCUGGUUAUGCAAAGGAGUGCAUAUUUAUCUUUGUCAACCCCUUAUUUUCGUUCCAUCAAGGGGUAUAUCUUUCUUUACCCACCGCAGCGAUGUGUUGAUCAUUAGGGGGUCAGAGCAUUGACUAAUAAUUGACUGCUGUUUUGUUUGAAUAGGUAACUUAGCGCUGCUCAGUAGUUAAAUGAAGGCUGCAUUUCAUUUUAUACCGUGCUAUAUGCAGCUCUAUAUAUUACUGUUUUGUGUCCAAUAUCUCAGUAAAAAAGCUCUCCGGCCGCUUCUGAAAACAGGUUUUAAGGCAGGUUUGAACAGUGACUAAAUCGAGUUGCUGAACCCUACAUGAUCCGACCGCUUUGUCAAGUGACAAAAGUUAUAGGCUCUAGAGCCGCCAUACCCUUGUGUUCAGAAGAAGAAACGUUAUUGGAGUCAUACAAGCCUCGAUAUUAUUCAGUGCUGGUUUUUUUUAUGCUUUCUGACGGCCAGACAUUGAGCAGGGACAUGGAGAUGUAACGGGGAAGAUGUUUUAAUACAUUUCAAAUCGGGGUUGACAACCCGCUGCUUGAUUCUGAAGUUUCUAUAGAAACUCCCGCCAUACAUUCCUCCUCCACCAUCAGCACCACCACACACACGCACCGGUCCGCUGUUCGCAACUUGCAAUCAGAACAUAUUCAACGUAACUUAUUUGCAUCAAUUGAAAAGAAUCAACCCUAAGAACUCAUGGAGGUUUAUGUCGAGAAUUCACUAUUCCCUAUUUUCCAUCCCAUUAAGCCAGCAAACUUGUGCGGUCCUGCCCCUCUUGCAGGUCUUCGAUAGCUUUGUACAGUAGAGAGGGAAAGAAUUAGACAUUCGCUGGAGGGGUUUUAUUUUGUACUGAAAGGGGGGAAUCCACGCCUAACUUAAUAUUUUUGUGUUCAGAUUUUUUGAAAAGAAAAGCACUGCGAUCCAACGUUGAACCUCGAAAGUAGUUACUUUAGUGGCACCUCUUGAGUCUUUCUUUUUUUUUUUUAAGUCAAAUUUGUAUGGGUUUUAUUUGAUUAACUAAAAUAUUAAAUAAUUAAAUCACAUGA